GCCACAAAAUCAUUUCCCAUUGAAACUUACGCAGGACGAGAAUAAACGAAAAAUUGCUUACGAAAAAAAACAGCUGUGAAAACUGUGAUAAUUAUGCCGCCCAGACGCAGCGAGCGGCUGCGCAAGCUACGUGAGGUUGUGACAUCGGCGGGGCCCGUGGUGGAGUCCAGGGGUGCGAGACGCCCCCGGCCACGCCCACGACGUGCUCGCGCCAGGGUGCCUGUGAGUGCAGCAGCAGCAGCAGCAGGAACAACCAGGACCAACAUUGUGGCUGUGGCUGUGGUCGAGCAGCGCCUGAACGAACGCGAGGAUGCGCGCACCUGGUUGCAGUUGGAGGCGCAGUCUACAGCCAGGUCGGUCAGCAUUAGCAAUGGCAACGGGGAAGGCCAGGUGGACGAUGUGUUGACACUGCGCCUGUUGUCGCUGUUCAUACGCAUCGCACUGCUAGAGUCGCCAUCGCUGGCCCAGCUGACCCGCCGUAAUCCCCAUCAGGGAAUUAGAAAGCUGUUUAGAAUCAUACGGUUUCUGUUUUUUAGACGCUAAACAUUUUGUUCAAUAAAUCGAUAGCAUCGUUCGCCG